AUGUUUUUGAAAAGAAACACCUAUUUGCUGGUUAUUAUGUUUUGUUCUCUGACUCUGUGGUGCAAGUCGACCAGCGCGGGCUCCAGCUUUCUCAGCCCUUCACAAAAACCUCCGAACAAGGGGAAGUCUUCUAGAGUCGGCCGUCAAGUCAUGGAGGAGCCUGAGGACAACCACAUCACAAUAAGUGCCCCCUUUGAAAUUGGCUUCACCGUGAGACGGGAGGACUUUGAGGAGUACGGUGUCGCGCUGCAAGACAUCAUUCAGCGUCUGCUGGGAAACACUGAGACUGCAGCAGAGAGACCAUCACAACUUUGA